AUGAUUACCACAAUGCCGUCCGCGAAUCUACCUACAUUUACGCUGGCCGAGCUUGCCAAAAACCAUUCGUCAAAGAAGUCCUGUUACGUUACUCUGGGCACCAAAGUCUACGACCUGACCGAUUUCCUUCCAGACCAUCCCGGUGGCGACGAUUUGAUUCUCGAUUAUGCUGGCAAGGAUAUCUCCGAUAUCAUUGCAGACCCUCAAUCGCAUGUUCAUUCUGAUGCUGCAUAUGAGAUUCUUGACGAUUCUCUUGUCGGUUUUUUGAGCCCGGAGGAUGCUAAGCUUGCGAACGGAUCCGCCAACGGGUCUACCAACGGUGCCGCCAAGACCUCCGCCGUCCCAAAUGGGAAUCCCACAUAUGAAGCAACUGGCAUGUCAACAGCCGAAGACCUUUCGGUCGAAACUGAUAUCACCAACGACUUCAAAACACACAAGUUUAUCGACCUGGAUAAGCCUAUGUUUAUGCAAGUCUGGCGUGGCAGGUUCUCCAAGGAGUUCUAUCUUAAGCAGGUUCAUCGGCCAAGACACUACAAGGGUGGAGAUUCCGCUCCAUUGUUUGGAAACUUCCUGGAACCGUUAAGUAAGACUGCUUGGUAUGUUAUUCCUAUAAUUUGGUUGCCAUGUGUGGCCUAUGGUCUUUGGAUGGCAGGCCAAGGUUUGACCCCGGAGAAGCUUGCUCUUUGUUUUGCGAGCGGUAUCGCGAUAUGGACAUUGGUGGAGUAUGUCCUACAUAGGUUUUUGUUCCAUUUGGAUGAAUAUCUUCCGGAUAAUAACGUCGCUAUCACCCUACACUUCCUGCUUCACGGAAUCCACCACUAUCUCCCAAUGGACAGAUAUCGUUUGGUCAUGCCGCCAACCCUAUUUAUCGCUCUCGCCACUCCAUUCUGGAAACUAGCACACACUCUUUUCGCCCACAACUGGUAUGUCGGCACAGGAGUUUUCUGCGGAGGCAUCUUUGGUUAUAUCUGCUAUGACUUGACACACUACUUCCUUCACCAUAAGAAACUUCCAUCUUACUACCAAGAACUUAAGAAAUACCACCUACAGCAUCAUUUCGCCGACUAUGAAAACGGGUUUGGUGUCACCAGUAGAUUCUGGGAUCGUAUUUUCGGAACCGAGCUUCCACCUCUACCACAGAAGACUGCUUAA